AUGAAGGUUUUCCUAACUGGCGCAACUGGCUACAUCGGAGGCGAUGUACUGGCUUCUAUUGCAAGACAGUUCCCGACCGCAUCGAUCACAGCUCUCGUUCGUGACACUGCUAGAGCAAAACCCAUCGCCGACAAGUAUCCCCAUGUCCAGCUUCAGCAAGGGGAUCUAGACUCGGCCGAUCUCAUCGAGGCAACUGUCAAGGAGACCGACGUGGUCAUUAACACUGCCAACGGCAAGCACAUCGGUGUGGUCCACAGUAUUGCCAAUGGUAUACGCAAGUCCCAGAGAACAAGCCAUGUCUGCUGGAUUCAGAUCUCAGGUGCAAGCGUCCUCUCAACACCAGAUAUUAUUCACAAGCGCUUCGGCGAGGCUUCCAGCCACAAGUAUAAUGACUAUGAGCAGGUCUCAGAGAUCAUCUCGCUGAUUGAAAGUGCCUCAACGCGCGCUGUCGAUCAAGCCAUGCUAAGUAUUGCCCGCGAGCUGGGAUCCCGAGUUCGCACCGCCAUCAUUUUCCCGCCCAUCAUUUACGGCCUGGGCCGUGGGCUCGGUAAUGCAAACAGCCAACAAAUCCCCGGCCUCUGCAAGGUGGCUAUUGAGAAAAAGACUGCCGUAUAUGUUGGGCAGGGAGAGGCCACAUGGGGCAACGUGCAUGUAGAAGACCUCAGCAAUCUCAUCACCAAGAUAGUGGGCAAGGGGCAGGACAAGGAGUCCGACCCGGAGCUCUGGAACGAGCGUGGUCUCUACUUUGUUCAGACCGGAGAGAUAUCAUGGAAGCGUAUUGCCGAGCUUGUAUCUCAAACUGCCCAGAAGACGAGUAUACAAGCGUCGCCAAAGUCUAUCAGUGCCCAGGAGGCAGACACGACCUUUGCCCACGGGAGCGUACUUUUUGGAACAAAUGCUGUGUGCGUUCCAGAAAGAGCGAAGAAGUUGCUCGGCUACAGCGCUUCGCAGCAUGGACUCGAGGAGGAAAUACCUGAGUCGUUCCAGAGGGCCUUGGGCGCGCUGGAGACCUAG